AUGGCUUUGCUGUGUGGCCUUGGGCAAGUCACUCUUGGUCUCUGAGACCCAUUGCCUCCCCAAUCCGAAUAUGAGAUUGGGUUCCUAACAGCCCGGGCUUUCCUGGAGAGCGGCGGCAUGGAGGCUCUCACCACUCAGCUGGGGCCGGGGCGCGAGGGCAGCUCCUCGCCCAACUCCAAGCAGGAGCUGCAGCCUUACUCCGGCUCCAGCGCUCUCAAACCCAACCAGGUGGGCGAGACGUCGCUGUACGGUGUGCCUAUCGUGUCACUGGUCAUAGACGGCCAGGAACGUCUGUGUCUGGCGCAGAUCUCCAACACACUCCUCAAGAACUACAGCUACAAUGAGAUCCACAAUCGCCGUGUGGCCCUGGGCAUCACGUGCGUGCAGUGCACGCCGGUGCAGCUGGAGAUUCUGCGUCGGGCCGGGGCGAUGCCGAUCUCAUCGCGCCGCUGCGGCAUGAUCACGAAGCGCGAGGCCGAGCGGCUGUGCAAGUCGUUCCUGGGAGAGCACAAGCCACCCAAGCUGCCGGAGAACUUCGCCUUCGAUGUGGUGCACGAGUGCGCUUGGGGCUCGCGUGGCAGUUUCAUCCCUGCGCGUUACAACAGCUCGCGUGCCAAGUGCAUCAAGUGCGGCUACUGCAGCAUGUACUUCUCGCCAAACAAGUUCAUCUUUCACUCGCACCGCACACCCGACGCCAAGUACACGCAGCCCGACGCCGCCAAUUUCAACUCCUGGCGCCGUCACCUCAAACUCAGUGACAAGUCGGCCACGGACGAGCUGAGCCACGCAUGGGAGGACGUCAAGGCCAUGUUCAAUGGCGGCACGCGCAAGCGGACUUUCUCGCUGCAGGGAAGCGGCGGCGGCGGUGCUAAUGGCGGGUCGGGUGGGCAGGGGAAGGGUGGUGCUGGAGGCGUUGGCUCCGGCGGCCCCGGGUGUGGUGCGGAGAUGGCCCCAGGCCCACCGCCCCACAAGAGCCUGCGCUGUGGAGAAGAUGAGGCUGCCGGGCCUCCGGGGCCGCCUCCUCCACACCCACAGCGUGGCCUUAGCCUGGCGGCGGGAGCCGGCGGCUCUGCGGGACCUGGAGGGCCUGGCGGCGGCGCGGGCGUACGCAGCUACCCGGUGAUCCCCGUUCCCAGCAAGGGCUUUGGCCUCCUGCAGAAGCUGCCCCCACCGCUUUUCCCGCAUCCCUACGGCUUCCCCACGGCCUUCGGGCUCUGCCCCAAGAAGGACGACCCAGUGCUGGGCACCGGCGAGCCUAAGGGCGUCCCGGGCACUGGGAAUGGCGGGGGCGCCGGCACUGGCGGGGGCACGAGCGGCCCGGGAGCAGGGCACUUGCCCCCAGGGGCCGGGGCGGGCCCGGGCGGCGGCGCUAUGUUCUGGGGACACCAGCCCUCCGGUGCAGCCAAGGACGCCGCGGCCGUGGCCGCCGCGGCCGCCGCCGCCACUGUGUACCCGACGUUCCCCAUGUUCUGGCCGGCAGCAGGAAGCCUCCCGGUGCCGCCCUACCCAGCUGCACAGAGUCAGGCCAAGGCUGUGGCGGCCGCAGUAGCAGCGGCUGCAGCCGCGGCUGCGGCAGCGGCGGGCGGCGGCGGUCUGGAGUCCCUGGACGGUGUUGAUCCGGCCAAGGAGGGAGGCCUGGGCGCGGAGGAGCGCUGUCCAAGCGCUCUGUCCCGCGGACAGCUGGACGAGGAUGGCACCGACGAAGGACUCCCGCCGCCACUGGUCCCACUACCGCCCCCUCCGCCGCCGCCGCCACCCGCGCGCAAAGGCUCCUACGUGUCGGCCUUCCGGCCGGUGGUUAAGGACUCCGAGAGCAUCGCAAAGCUCUACGGCAGCGCCCGCGACGCCUACGGUGCGGGGCCAGCCCGAGGUCCUGGACCCGGCACUGGGGCAGGUGGCGGCUACGUGAGUCCAGACUUUCUUAGCGAGGGCAGCUCCAGUUACCACUCCGCCUCGCCUGAUGUGGACACGGCAGAUGAGCCCGAGGUGGACGUGGAAUCCAACCGCUUCCCCGACGACGAGGGCCCUCAGGACGAGGUUGAGCCCGGCGCGCCUAGUGCAGGAGGAGGCACGGAUAGCGACCCGCCCGCAGGGCCCGCGUCCGCCACCUCCUCCGGCGUCGACGGCCCCGUAGACUCUCCCGACGGCUGUAGUCCCAGCGCUCGGCGCCGCCUCGGGCCACCCCCCGUUGGGCGAUCCACUUUCGGGGACCCGGCGACAGACGACGUGGUGCGAAGACCUGAGAGAAGCCCGCCGAGCAGCGGCUAUGAGCUGCGAGAGCCGUGUGGGCCUCUGGGGGGCCAAGCGCCGGCCAAGGUGUACGCGCCCGAGCGGGAAGAGCACGUGAAGAGCGCGGCGGCGGCGGCGCUGGUGCCCGCGGCCUCCUACCUCUGCGCCCCCGAGGCCCAUGAGCAAGAUAAGGAAGACAAUCACUCAACCGCCGACGAUUUCGAGACGAGGAAAUCCUUUCCAGACCAAAGGAGCAUCUCCCAGCCAAGUCCCGCAAAUACAGACCGAGGUGAAGAGGGGCUCACCCUGGAUGUCACAGGAACUCAGCUAGUGGAGAAGGAUAUCGAGAACCUGGCCAGAGACGAAUUGCAAAAACUGCUCCUGGAGCAAAUGGAGCUCCGCAAGAAGUUGGAGCGGGAAUUUCAGAGUCUUAAAGAUAAUUUUCAGGAUCAAAUGAAGAGGGAAUUGGCUUAUCGAGAAGAAAUGGUGCAACAGCUGCAAAUUGUCAGAGAUACCCUGUGUAACGAACUGGAUCAGGAGCGGAAGGCACGCUAUGCCAUCCAGCAGAAAUUAAAAGAAGCCCAUGACGCCCUGCACCACUUCUCCUGCAAGAUGCUGACGCCCCGCCACUGCACCGGCAACUGCUCCUUCAAGCCCCCGCUCUUGCCCUAGGGCCGGCCCGGCCGCGCCCACGCGCCCUCAAGCCAUGCUGCUCCGGUCUUGUAAAUACCCGUGGCCCCGGCGGCCCAGAGCGAGGAACAAGCCAUUCUGACUGGACCGAUGUAAAUACGGCCUCCCGCCCGGCCGCCCGCCCUCUUCCGGGCGCCCUGGCCAUGCCCGCCCCCACCACCACCUCCUGGGUGCUCCACCCCAGGACCCCGGCUCGGUUUCCAAGUGUAAAUACCGCUUUGCCACACGGUCGAACUCCAGGGCAUCAGACCUCAAGGGGUUAACUGGACCCAAGUGGGGAGGAAAGCCAAGAGGUAGCCUCUCCCCCCCCAGCUGUACAGUUUCUGACCCGAGAUUGUGAAUACAAUGUAGCAACUUCGCUGGCGCCGGCCUCGCCGCGC